AAGAUCUGCUAAAAUGUGCUAAUUGCAGUUAUGAGACAAAUAACAAAUACUGCUAUAAACGACACAUUUUAAAUCAUACCGACCCUAAACAUUUUCAAUGUGCUGAUUGUGCGUAUGAGACAAAUAUCAAAUACUGCUUUAAACAACACCUUUUAAAACAUACUGGUUCUAAAGAUUUUAAAUGUGCCCAUUGUGGUUAUGAGACAUAUCAAAAAUUCUGUCUUAAACGGCAUCUUGUAAGACACACAACCCGUUUUCAUCAGGAACAAAUUUCUCGUUAAAAAUAUCGUUUCCACGUGAGGGAGGUCAUGCCCUAACUUAUGUUAAUAAAAUUUAAGGGGUUGGUUAUAUGUAUAUGUUUGUGGGUGUGGAAACCACGUUAUUUAUUGAUUAUGUUUGUUAAACUUAUUAAUAAAAUAAAAUAAAAUUGUGUUUGUAGUUUGUACCUAUCAACUUUCCUUUGUGAAUUUGAUAUAAAUUUUUAGUUACAUAUCUUUUUUAAAAGGAAGAUGUUAUAGAUGUAACUUGGCAACUAUGUAAAUGGUUAUAGAAACUGUAGCAAGAAGAGUUGUUUUGUCAAUGUUAGUACGUUCGAAAUUUGCAACUUGUAGUUGAGUUUACUGAGUUUUAUCAGCUGAUUGAGUGGUUUAUUUAACCUUACAUUUUCGAACGUUUUGUUUUGAGUUAAUUUGUUAUGGUGAAUGAAAAUCAAAAUAUUUCAUUGUUUGUUGAUUGUGCAUCUAUGAUCUAUGUUAUUAUUACCUUAGAUCAUUGAUCUAAGAUCUUUUUGAUAAUAGGUCAGCCCUGAAGUUCUGCAGGAUAUAUCAGCAUUUUUCAUUGUUGUGCGGGUCAUGGUCUUUUAAUUUAAAUUGUAUCCAAGUAUAUCACAGUAGAUAAUCUUCUCAUGAAUCCAUGAAUAAAUACUUAAUAAAAGAAUAUAAAGAUAAAUUCACCCUUACCAAUUACCCUGUAUAUCAUAGCAUCGAAUGCAGCUGGUGAAAUUAGAGCCAAAGGAAAGCUUCAAGUGACGAAUAUUUCAGAAGUAUGAGCUGUGUUUUUAUACAAGUCCAAAGCAUAUUGAAGGGCGUAAACUAUACUGCGAUGUUGCCACAUUGCAGCGUUCGUAUUCAACACACAUUUGUUAAAUAUUUGUGUUACAAAAUCAAUCUACGCUAUGAUAGGUUUCACGGUGCAGACCGAUUUCCAUUUCUUCUAAUAAAGUCCCGCGGUUGUCAGAUUUCAAAAAUGUGUGCAGCGUCGUAGAUUGUCAACCCAACAAGAGGUUUUCAUCACGAUGAAUUAUAUUGAUUUUGUUUCAGUUUCCUUCCCUUGAUACCACGAGAAGUCUCAGCACUGUCACAUUCAUUACCAUAUUUCUCGAACUGAUUUCUAUCCCAGUAACCACACCCUGGUUCUGGGCAAAAUAAGAAACUUCAGCUGAAAAUUAAAGAACCCUAUUUUAUAUCAAAGCUGUUAGAUAGUGAUAGAGUGGUUGUAAUAGAUAGGGGUGAAAUUAUUUAAGGGUAUGCGGAGAAAAGUUUGUUAGCAUUAACGCAUUUGCAUCAAUUUAUAGAAAAGUGACAACGCUGUGUUUCAAAAUUAUAAUGUCGGUAAGUUAGUUUGAUAAGAAAUAUGAUGACGUCUAUUUUUGUUAUCUUAAUCGUGGUUUGUUAAUAAAUGAAUUUAAGUAUUUUGCUAGAGCUCUUGGAUUUUUACAUUUUUGUUGUAUUGUUCUGUGAUAAUUUUGUGUAAGUUUGCAAAAAACGUGUAUAUCAUAGCUCACUUCGGAAUAGUACGCAGAGAAGCAGAAAAGAGAAGCAUAAAAUUGUUGGUAGAAAUGGUGGCCUGGUUGGAGAGACAUGAUAAACCAAUAGUUGUGGGUGUUCUAAUGACUUUGUUAAGAAUGCCACAGUAAACCAUUAAUGAUUUCUUUUUACAUCUGUUCGAAUAGGUAACCAUAAGUUAUAGUCAUGGAUAAGGACAUGGUGCUUGUUAAAACCGAACCAAAAAAAGAAGAAGAAAUAAAUUUUGCCCUUGAAGGAAGAAUCUUUGUAAGCAAUGAUGUUUUGAGAACAGUAAAAGAAGAACACAAUGAAAUUGUGUCCUGUGCAGAAAAUGCGAUAGAAGUGUUGAAAUGUAACGAUCAUUCGUUAAAUCGCAAAGAUUUUAAAUGUGACAAUUGUGAUUAUGCAACCAAUACUAAAAAGUAUCUUAAACGUCAUAUGUUAUCGCAUGUCGUAGAAGAUUUCAAAUGUUCUAUGUGUGAUUAUGUCACAAAGUUUAGAGGCGCAUUGAGAAAUCAUGUUUUAUCCCACAAUGAAACUAAACAUUUUAAAUGUGACAAAUGUGAUUAUUCAACAAAUAUUAAAUGUAAUUUUAAUCGACAUCUCUUAGUACACAAAGCGUCUAAAGAUUUUCAAUGCAACAAUUGUAAUUAUAGUACAAACUAUAAGCGCUAUUUGAUUCUACAUCUCUUAAAUCACAACAUCUCUAAACAUUUUAAAUGUGACAUGUGUGAUUAUUCCACAAGUUGCAAGGAGUAUUUGCAACAACAUGUCGUAAUACACAAUGAUUCGAAAGAUUUUAAAUGUGACAUUUGUGAUUAUUCUACAAAUACUAAAAGGUAUCUUAAACGUCAUUUCUUAUCACAUGUUAUAGAAGAUUUCAAAUGUUCUAAGUGUGAUUUUGUUACAAAGUUUAGAGGCGCGUUGAGAAAUCAUGCUUUAACACACAAUGAAACUAAAGAUUUUAAAUGUGACAAUUGUGAUUAUUCAACAAAUAUUAAGGGUAAUUUUAAUCGACAUCUCUUGGUACACAAAGUUUCCAAAAAUUUUAAAUGCAACAUUUCUAAUUAUAGUACAAAUGAUUUGAAUCGGCAUCGCUUAAAAUCUAACAUCCUUAAACAUUUUGAAUGUGACAUGUGUGAUUAUUCUACAAGUCGUAAGGACUAUUUGCAACAACAUGUCUUAAUACACAGUGGUUCGAAAGAUUUUAAAUGUGACAUUUGUGAUUAUGCAACAUCUAUUAAGAAGUAUCUUAAACGUCAUCUCUUAUCGCAUGUUAUAAAAGAUUACAAAUGUUCUAAGUGUGAUUUUGUUACAAAGUUUAAAGGAGCGUUGAGAAAUCAUGUUUUAUCACAUGAUGAAACUAAAGAUUUUAAAUGUGACAUUUGUAAUUAUUCCACAAGUCAUAAGCGCUAUUUGAGACAACAUGUCUUGUUACACAAAGAUUCCGAACACUUCAAUUGCGUUAAAUGUAAUUAUAGUACAAAGUACAAGCGCUAUUUGAUGCAACAUCUCUUAAAACACAAUAUCUCUAAAGAUUUUAAAUGUGACAUUUGUGAUUAUGCAACAAAUAUUAAGUGUAAUUUGAAUCGACAUCUCUUAAUACACAAGGGUUCUCAAGAUCUGAAAUGUGAAAGUUGUAGUUAUUCAACAAACACUAAGGCGGCUGUAAAAAGACAUUCAUUAUUAUGCCACAAAUCAUAAAUGUACGUACUCUAACAUCUUUGGUGUUUUCCAACACUCUCCUUCACUAAAAAUGUUUCAACAUCAAUUUUACAUAUAAAGUGAAUUAAGACAACUGUGCUUAAUGUUAUUGUAAAAUAUGUCUGCCUGUUGUUGCUUAGAUAUGAAUUUCUUAUUUAAAUUUUCACAAAUAAAAUGAAAUUUAUUUUA